CCUGGGACCAUUCAUAAACUAAAUAACUCCAGGAAACAGCGAGGGAGAGAGAGAAAGAGAGAGGGAGAGAGAGAGAAAGGAGAGAAGAGAGAGCGAGCACGAGGAAGGGGGGAGGGGGAGACAAGCAGGGGGAGUGCGGGGCGAGAAAGAGGUCGGAGGGGAAAGGAGGGGGAGAGACGACUCAAAGUGGAAUCUGUACAAGCAACCUAGAGGAGGAGAAGGAAAACCCUGAAUCGUUAUAACUACACCCCAGAUGCAACGCAAGCAACGACUUCGUCACACUAAAACGGAUUUUGUGAGGGCCAAAAGUAUAAAUUACGAAGCAGAAAUGAUUAUCAAACAACUUCCAGCGGUUUGCACCUAAAGAAAUACAAGAAGAACCCACUACAAACCAACCAACCCAGUCCAAACAACGCCUCCAGUAGGAAAAGAGGAAAACUGCGACAACACGACCCCCUGAGAAGAGAGGAGACCAACACGCUGAGACUGCGGGGCAUCAGCAAACCUCCAAGUGCACGGCGGACUGAGUUGUACUUCGCAGCUCUCUGAACAUUAAUUACCUCCUGCACCUUCCAUUUGGGGGAGGGUGAGGAAGAAGGCACUCACCUACACUGAGCAAAGAAGUCCUACCAGCGUGGAAGAGAAGUUUAAGAAUGAACCACUGAAUGUUUCGCUUUUUUUAAAUUUACUUUGGCACUUAAAAAACUUCAUUUCCAGAUUUCUGGGCAAUCUCGGCUGCAGACAUCUAAGCCUAACUUUUUGGUAUCCUGAGUUUUUUUUCUCUCUCCUUCUCCUUCCUCACCCCCACCCCGCUUCUCUCGCACACCGUCUUUACAUACCAAGAGAAAGCAAAAAGGUCCCAGGAGGUACUUUUCUUUUUAGAAAAUCAUCUUUUCUCCCCUAAUUUUUCUGCAGAAGAAAAAAGGUUUCGAAAGAGGGAAAAGGAAAAAACAAGCCGGCUACAGUAUCAGCCGGUCAGCCCAGGUGGAAAACAAGAGUGAAAGUGGGGCUUAACGGGGAACGCACCGCCUCUUUCGAAAGCCGCUGGGCCACCACCAGUGCGUGAGCCUUGGAUCCCUCAACGUACUGCGAGACGCCGGUGUAUAGCCCGGACCUGUGCCCCAACAUGAUUGCCGCUCAGGCCAAGCUGGUUUACCAGCUCAAUAAAUACUACACUGAGCGCUGCCAGGCGCGCAAGGCGGCCAUCGCCAAAACCAUUCGAGAGGUCUGUAAGGUGGUCUCGGACGUGCUCAAGGAAGUGGAGGUGCAGGAGCCUCGCUUCAUCAGCUCCUUGAGCGAAAUCGAUGCCCGCUACGAGGGGCUUGAGGUCAUUUCGCCCACCGAAUUUGAGGUGGUGCUCUACCUAAACCAGAUGGGCGUCUUCAACUUCGUGGACGACGGCUCGCUGCCGGGCUGCGCGGUGCUCAAACUGAGCGAUGGGCGGAAGCGCAGCAUGUCUCUCUGGGUCGAGUUCAUCACAGCGUCGGGCUAUCUCUCAGCGCGUAAGAUCCGCUCGCGUUUCCAGACGCUGGUGGCCCAGGCGGUGGACAAGUGCAGCUAUCGGGAUGUGGUCAAGAUGAUCGCGGACACCAGCGAGGUCAAGUUGCGCAUCAGAGAGCGCUAUGUGGUGCAAAUCACUCCGGCGUUCAAGUGCACCGGGAUCUGGCCUCGAAGCGCGGCACAGUGGCCUAUGCCCCACAUCCCCUGGCCCGGCCCCAAUAGGGUGGCCGAGGUCAAGGCCGAAGGGUUCAACUUGCUCUCGAAGGAGUGCUACUCGCUGACCGGCAAGCAGAGCUCGGCAGAGAGCGACGCCUGGGUGCUACAGUUCGGGGAGGCGGAGAACCGCCUGCUGAUGGGAGGCUGCCGAAACAAGUGCCUCUCAGUGCUGAAGACUCUGCGGGACCGCCACCUGGAGCUACCAGGCCAGCCGCUCAAUAACUACCACAUGAAGACGCUGCUGCUGUACGAGUGCGAGAAACACCCGCGAGAAACGGACUGGGACGAGUCGUGCCUGGGCGACCGGCUCAACGGCAUCCUGCUGCAGCUCAUCUCCUGCCUGCAGUGCCGCCGCUGCCCUCACUACUUUCUGCCCAACCUCGACCUCUUUCAGGGCAAGCCCCAUUCGGCCCUGGAGAGCGCUGCCAAGCAGACCUGGAGGUUGGCCAGGGAAAUUCUCACCAAUCCCAAAAGCCUGGACAAACUAUAGGGUGCUGGGGACUGCUUGAAAAGCGACACAAACGGGCGUGCUCUCUCAGACACACAACACACAACUCAGCGAUAAACAGCAGAAACUCUGGACACAAACUUUUAUGUAAGUCACCUGAAAUAGGAAUCAGGCAGAAGACCUUCGUUAAUCAAGAAGCAAACAAAAAGAGAGCAACCCAACGAAAACAAAUCACAUUCUUGCACAAAAGUGAUCGUUUUCUUCCAAACAAUGUGAAUUUAAAAGGUCACACAAAAGAAGCAAUCGGGCUGUGCCACCACAAAAUGAAACCCAAGGUACAUUUUCAAAUCAAUGUAUAGUAGUUUCCCCCUUUUCCUUCUUUCCCCCUAUCCUUUUUCUCUUCACCCCAUCCCCCCUCUCAUUUCGUUUUGCUUUUGGUUGCCUGAAUGUUGUCACCAAGUGAAAAAAUUAUUUAACUAUAUGUAAAAUUUCUCUUUUAAAAAAAGUUUUACUGAUGUUAAACGUAUCUCAGUGCCAAUGUCAGACUGUGCCCCUCCCUCUCCUGCACCUCUACCCUCACCCUGAGCUGUCUUGUUGAAAACAGUAAUAAAAACAUUACUUUACAUUGUAA